AUGGACGUGUUCGAAUUUGUUGAACCUUUGAGGAAGAGAAAAAUUACAAACAAUCUGUUCGACUUCGAUCAGUACGUGUACAAAGAGAAGCUAGACGAAUCGACAGAACAAAAACACGAAGAGCAUGUUGUGAAAAAGAAGAAGAAAAAAAAACUGAGGAGGGUACUGGACAGUUCAAAUAGCGAAGGGGAUAACAACAACUCGAAGGCAGAUGUUGCUGCCCAGUCGUGGAAGAAGGCAAAGGGAGGAAAGGAUCAUGAUGAUGAUAAUGAAAGCCCAAAGAAGGAAUACGAAGAAGAGGAACAAAAGGAUGCCACCCUCCUCCUACAUGAUCAAAAUGAAAAUAACAACCUAAGUGACGAGAAUGAUUAUUCCCAGUCCAACGAAGAGGAACAUGAAAAGAAUUUGAAUGACCUAUACGAAUGUUUACUAAGUUCGAUAAAAAUAAAGAACAAAAUAAUUGAAUACUUCACUUCAAACGUACAGGAAAAAAGGAAGGAAAUUAUAAAAGAGUUUGUAAAAGGGUCCUUCAGAGUAAGUAACUUUGACGCCAACUUUAACGAAUUUGAAAAAGAUGUGGACACAUUUCAUAAGCUAAAAAAGUAUCAACAAUGUGGAGUCUUCUGGUUAUAUGUAUUGUAUAAAGAAAAGAAAAAUGGCAUUUUGGCGGAUGAAAUGGGCCUGGGGAAAACAGCACAGACGUGUGUAUUCCUCGAUUACAUGUAUCGAACGAAAGAAUUAAAAAAUAAAACGAUCAUUGUUGCUCCUACAAGUUUAUUAAAGAAUUGGAACAAUGAAAUUAACAUGUGGUGUCCCUAUUUGAGAAAUCAUAAGAUCAUUUAUUAUGGAAGUCAAAAUGAAAGAAAAUAUUUAGCAUACGAUAUUUUUACAAACAAAACGAGUAACAUACAUUUAAUCGUUACAAGUGUUAAUAUGUUGGUUGGCAAAAAUGAUGUGUCUUACUUUAGGCAAAUUAAAAAGUACGAUUAUCUCAUCUUUGACGAGGCGCAUUUUUUAAAAAAUAAAAAUUCAUUAAUAUAUAAAAAGUUACAAAAAAAAAUUUCUUUUAAUAAUAAAAUUUUGCUAACAGGGUCCCCCAUCCAAAACAAAACAGAAGAAUUGAUGAAUCUUCUCCUUUUUCUUAUGCCAGAAAUUUUUACCGAAAAAAAUAUUAACAAUGCAAUGAAUGCUUUUGUUAAAAUAUACCACGAAAUUGUUAGCAGUAAGGAGAAUGACGAUCAUGGAAACCUCGACUCUGAUGCCACCCCUCACAACAGCAAUAAAACCCUAGACAUUUAUAAUAUCAAGUCUGUGGAAAAGGAGGAACAAACAGAAAUGAAUGAGUGCACAAAUGGAAGCGCUAUCUACACGGAGGAAACAAGAAACAUUAUAAAGAAUUAUCUGAUCGAAACGAUUAACAAUGAUGUGAAACAUGUCAAGUUGAAAAACAAGGAGAUCAUUCUACUCCAACUUAUUAUUGAACCGUUCAUAUUGAGGAGAUCAAAAAAGCACGUCUUCAUAGACAUGCCAAAAAAGCAUAGCAUAAUUAUUAAGCUGCCUCUAAAUACGACGCAGCUUAAUUUGUAUAAAGAUGAAAUAAUGUCCAAGUUAAAGCACACCCAUAAGCACUUGGAGUUUUUACAAAAGCACUCGAAUAAGAAGGAGCUCGAGAAGCUUGCAGUGAUCUUAGAGAAGAAGGACAUUAAGCGGGAGAAUGUUUUUCGCGCGAGCAGCGAUGCAGGGGAUGGCGGCGACGACGAGUCGGGCGCAACCCCUAUGGGCAAGCUUGCGGACGGGCUGACCAAUGAAGGGGGAAAUGAAGCAGCCACGGAAGCAACCGCGGGAGCGUCCAGUGCUGGAACGCCCAUUGCGGAUAGUGCGGACGAGCCGGGUGGCAUAGAGCAGCAGGGCGGCACAGAUGAGCACCGCGGAGCCCCAAGUGAAGACGCCCCGGCGGAGCAGCCCAACGACUACGACGAUGAGGACGACAAAAUUGACGAAGAAACCAUCAACAUAGAAAAGGCAGAAGAAAACAAAGACGGAGAUAUUAUAAUAAACAAAAGGGAAGACGAACCAGUGGACAAUGAAAGUGCCAACAACAUGAGUAAAGAAGUGAGAGGAAGAAUGAUCAAUGCUUCAAUCUUCAUUUUAAGGCGAAUAUGUAACCACCCACUGUUACACAAGUACUACUACUCCGUUGAAGACAUAAAAAAAAUUUCAAAAUAUUUUUACGCCAACACGGAUCAAUACCUGGGCUUGGAUUUGAAGACAGUUGAAAAUGAAUUCAUGAAAAUAUCAGAUUUUGACAUUCACCUCUCCAUUAAGCAUUUAAUAUCACAAGGAGAUAAUAACCUGAACAAGUACCUAAUUUCAAAGGAGCACAUACUAAACAGUAGCAAAAUACACCACAUGAUAUCCUUGAUCAAGGAGAUUAAGAAGAAGAAGGAAAAGGUCCUCAUUUUUUCUCAGUUCACUACCUUUCUUGAUAUUAUUGAGGAGGCCCUUCUUUAUGAGUUCAUAUACGACGAGCAGGACUUUUCGGACCACCUGCAGUCUAUCACGAAAGGCGGCCACGGCGCGCAGAGCGGGCAGGGCGGCCACGUGGACGCGAAGGGCGACGAAGAGGGCGCAGCGAUUGAGGCGGGCGCGGCGGACGCGGCGAACGACACGCACCAAAACAACCUCAAUAACGAGGACGACCAGAACAGCGACUUCAACAAAAAUGAUAACGACCUGAACCUGUCGUCCUCCACCUCAUCCACAUCCUCGUUCACAUCCGACGGCAAGGGGAACAGUCAAAUAUACGUCCGCCUAGAUGGGUCCACGAACACAAUAGAGAGGCAGAAAAUUAUAAAGCGCUUUUCCAAUAAUGACAAAGUGUUUAUCUUCCUCCUGACCACCAAGGCGGGCGGCGUUGGCUUGAACUUGAUCGCGGCCAACCACGUAAUACUCAUGGACCAGGACUGGAAUCCCCACAACGACAGGCAGGCGGAGGAUAGAGUUCACCGAUUAGGACAAAAAAACGAAGUGUACAUUUACCGAUUGUGCUGCAAGAACACCGUCGAGGAGACCAUACUUAGGUGUUGUAAAGCAAAGCUCCACCUGGACCAGGCCUUCGGCGGCAAUAGUGACCUGUUGCAAACAGCCCUUAUAAAAGAUGCCUUGAGCGCAAUUGAGAUGCAGUAA